AUGUCCGGAAACCAGCAGCCCGCAGAACGAUCUGCUUUGCUAUCUCAAGCUCUUGAUCUUUGUACAAGCCUCUGUGAUAUCCUGGAACGUCUUGGUCCCUCUCCCUUCACUCAAUCGGACAACAUUGCAGUGUCGAAGGUUCACGAGCUUGAAUCAGCCCUUCAUCGUCGACUGCAGCAGGUCAACCAGAAAAGAAACGAUGCUCUCGCGCCUGUAUAUCGACUAUCGGACGAUCUCAUUCGACUCAUCAUCCAGCAUGGCCGCGAUGAAGAAACUCUUUGCUGGCAGACGUUCAUUGGCAGAACUUUUCCACAACUUGUCUCCUGCAUCUCUCGCCGUUGGCGUGCAGUCGUGUUAGAUAUGUCGAACCUAUGGACGGACCUGGUGUUUUUGAACCCCAAAUAUCUAGCAGACGAAGACUUCAAGCCGAUUCAUCCCUGGUAUGGAAGGGGAAGAGCCCUCAGUGACAUGUGUACCUGUAAUCUCGAGCGCUCGAAGCAAUCGCUCCUCAACGUGCAGCUGGAUAUUCCACUGUACCAGGACUCCCUAACGAUGAUAAACGACUACAUGGACGUGUGCACCAACCGCGUCGCGGAUCUCACUCUCGAAGCGAACACUUCAAACGCAGAGGCCAUGAAUGCGAUUGUCCCGUGCAUGACUCAAACAAGUGAGACCUUGCGCCGCGUUCGACUUGUUCUACAUCAGUCGACAUCGGAAGAGGUUGGACGCGAUCUACUUGAAUCACUACUUUUGUGCAACCUUCCACGACUAGUAGAGGUUGAACUGGCCACCGUUCCCCUUCCUAUGGUCCACCGCCCUGAACAUGUCGCUUUCCUCCAAUGUCGCCUUCUCCUCCUGUGGCUCACGAGGGGGCUCUCGCUCGCCUUCCAGGACUAG